AUGGUGAAGAUGAAGCCGGCCGUAUCUCCAUCAUACGAACCUCUAGGAACCAGAGACAACGACGAUGUUGCCUACAGCGUCUCCGGAGAUACACAAAGCGAGGAGGAUGUAUCUCUCUUGAAACAAGCACCCCGGCCGUCUGAACACUUCAGUAGACGACAGAAAUUGCUCCUCUGGCUCAAUGCUACUGUUUUCGCACUGUCAGUGUUUCUUUUCGUCAUCACUGUCUGCAUUUUCCGGGGCACUGGUGACGCAAACCAUCUCCUACGAAAAACCUCCGAGUACUCUCCUGUGUUCGAUCGCCUUGAGAUACCCCUCAUCAGCCAGAAGAUGAAUGCAACACUGUUGGAGCCAGACCCCCUCCCCAUCUAUCGCCAACCCCCGAGCCCCGAGGUCGACGCAGCCUGGAAUCGACUGGCGAACAUCAACCCCAUUGCCAUCAGUCGCGAUGACGUGGUCAAGCUGGGCAGGGAUCCUGAGCAGGCAGCCAAAUGGCCCGAAAGCUUUGGCUUUGGGUCUGAAGCAUACAUUGGACGACUCGAUGUCUUCCACCAGAUCCAUUGUCUGGAUUGGCUGCGGCGCGAAGCAUACUUUGACCACUACUAUGGCAAGAAGUGGCCGCCGGGAACCCCGCCCUCUGACAUGCAUCGGACGCAUAUCUCCCACUGCACCUACCUGCUGCUCCAGAACCUGAUGUGCAACGCUAAUGUCGACAUCUACACCCAUUAUUGGGCGGAUGCGCAGCUGAACGCUUUCCCCGAUUUUAGCGUGAAUCACAAAUGUCGUGAUUUUGACACCAUUUUGCGCUGGCAGGAGGAGAACUCGGUGGAUGUGGAUGAAUUUGCAGCCAUUAGAAAACCCCCCGAAGCAGAGGCUCGGGUCAUGUCGCAUCGAUUCAAGGAGCUGUUUGGUUGGUACAAGUCCAAUCCGGAUGAUGGCUCGGACAGUGGAGUCAUUGGAUAA